AUGCCUUCCUCUAUUACCCUCACCGUCAGCCACCUUCCGACGUCGACUUCGUUCUUCCUCUCCGCCCUCCAACCGCUCAACUAUGUCUUUCGCGGCCGACAAGAGCACACAAUCGGGUUUGGCCCCGCAUCCCCACCGAAUACCCCGGCCGACUUUUGGAUCACACAGGAAAUUCCUGGCGUGCCCGCGGGCGCCGCGCACGUUGCUUUCCCUGCCGCAUCUCGGGCACAGGUGCAAGAUUUCUUCCUCGCCGCCCUCAAGGCUGGUGGGAAGAUCCAUGGGGAACCAUGUCAACGGGACGCCGCGGGAUAUUACUCGGCCGCGGUGAUUGACUUUGAUGGCAAUUCCAUUGAGGCCGUCUACAGACCUGGAUUCGGCGACGAAGUCAACAAGGAAAAUGCGGAUGCGAGAAGCAUGGUGUCUCAUCGGAGUGCGAGCGUGAGAGCACCUUCCACUGUGGCACCUCCCAAAAGCGUCAGAGCACCAUCUCAGGUCGCAUCUCAAGCCGCGUCGUAUAUCUCGAGCCCACCCAGUAUACCUCCAGAAAAUACGCAACCCAAGCCAAAGCCUUCUGGGGAUGUUCUUGGGUCGUUGAUCAAUGAGGCUCGCAAUGCCGCUAAUGUAGCCCGCGACCUUGUCAACAGUAUGACACCCAACCUCAUCUCUUCGUCCCCGCCAAAGCCAUCGACAGGUAACAACUCAACGGGCGGUGGCAGUGGUGCAGGUGAAGCCAUUGUCGGCACCCUGCUCGGCGUCGCCGCCGGCGCCGCCUUAACCUACGCCUUCAGCAACCGAUCAAAGGAAGACUCUCGUGACGAUCGUGAAGAGCACAAGUUCGUACCUCCUCCACGCCCUUCCGUCACCGGCCGCAGUGUUACCGAACCUGUCAAAGUGAUGCGUGCGGAAUACUCGACUGCCAAUUCCGAGUAUCAGGGGGCUUACGCGGGAAUGGGUUAUCGGGCCAUUGAGCCGGCCCCUUCGGCAUAUACGUACACUCCCCAUGAAUCCGGUGAGCAAAAACUCAUCGCCAUGUACGAUCACGAUCCUCCGGCACCCACUGUUCAGACCUUUCCCGACGCUGCGUCCACAGUCCGCCCUGCUUCGGUGACGAGGAGAGUGAGCAUGGAUUCCGGAGUCGGCCUUGGGGUUGUCCAGCGCGAUUUUGACGUCGCGUCGCAUGCUUCGUCGAAAGCGUCACGUCAGUCGAAAAAGAGCACAAACGCGCCACCGCCGACGAGUUACCGAGCCCCGACUGCACUGACGGUGAAAUCUAAGGUUUCUGCUGCGUCCGGUGGCGGCCGUUCGAGAUCCCGCGCAAGCAGUUUAGGUCGUCUUGGGAGAAGUCUCACGGGUCGUUCGUCGGCGGACCAGCCGAAGUCAAGAUCACAGUCUCGACACAGCACGAGGUCGAGAAGAAGUCGGCGUGAUGAGUUUGAGGAUACCGCGCCGGAGAAAGAAGAGGAAGAAGAAGAGGAAGAAGAAGCCAGGACGGUGCUUCAUGUGACGGAGACGACACACCGGUCUUCAAGCCGUGUGUCUUCACACCACUCACAUAGAGAAUCAAAGGUAGCGAGUCACGUUUCUGUACAUCAGUCCCAGGCAGGAUCCAAAGCACCAAGCCAUGUUUCAGCCCACCAGUCCCAGGCUGGGUCGAAGGCACCAAGUCAUGUCUCCGCACACCCGUCGCAGGCAGCAGGAUCCAAGGCGCCAAGUCAUGUCUCUGCGCACCAGUCGCAAGCAGGAUCCAAGGCAGCAAGUUAUGUCUCCGGUCACGACUCCCAGGUGACAAUAAAGCCAGCAAGUCGAGCCAGUUCAAGGCAUAGUCGAAGAGACCCUGCGGAGUAUCCGCUUCCGCCAUCUCGUGCGGGAACAUGGGCUGGUUCCGACGUCGGCAAGGCCAGCUUCGUGUCGGCGAGGUCGAACUUUGGUCUUUCCGGGCCAAGGACGAUUAUCGGCAAACUCAAUCCUCUGCGCGAUGGAGGAGAGAUCAUCGAGGAGGACGACAAGAUGGAGACAGCGAGCAUGCUUUCCAAACAGAAGGAGUUGGCCAAGUUAGAUGUCACGGAUCGAGAGGUCAGGCCGGAGGAUAGUGUAAGCCAGAUCUCGGUGGAAAGCCGGAGGAGCAGGAGGAGUAAAGCGAGCAGUAGGAGAUAA